CAGCAGCGGAGUUGGGUGUGCGCGUCCCUCGCUCACCGGCCGGCAUCGCCGAGCUCUGAGCGCUUCUCGGAGCCAGCGGGCAGCGGGGCAGCGCCAUGGGGGCCGGAGGAGGGCUGGGGCUGGCGGCCGUGCUGGCGGCCGCGGUGCUGUGCGGGCCCGGGGCGCUCUGCGGGCGCGUCCUCAGCGGCCAGAAGGUGUGCUAUGGUGCCUUCAAGCAUUCCUGUUACAAAUUGGCCUAUUUCCAGGACCUGUCCAGACGCGUGGGCUUCCAGGAGGCUCGCCAGGCUUGUGAGAUCGACGGUGGGGCUCUACUGAGCUUGGAAAGUGAAGCUGAGCAGCAGCUAAUAGAAAACAUGCUGCAAAACCUCACCAAAUCAGGCUCUGGGAUUUCUGAUGGGGAUUUCUGGAUUGGGCUGUGGAGAAGCGGCGAUGGACUGGCCACGUCGAGUGCUUGCCCUGACCUCUACCAGUGGGCUGAUGGAAGCACGUCACCAUUCAGAAAUUGGUACACAGAUGAGCCUUCCUGUGGAAGUGAAGCCUGUGUGGUGAUGUAUCAUCAGCCAACUGCAAACCCUGGUCUGGGAGGGCCAUACCUUUAUCAAUGGAACGAUGAUAGAUGCAACAUGAAGCACAAUUUUAUCUGCAAAUAUGCCCCAGAUAAUGUCUUAGAAAAAGAAUUAGGAGACAGAGCAGAGCCAGAAUACGAUAAUUUUCCAACAGUGCCAGCAGGAAAUCCUUAUGACACAAGCAAACCAGAAGAUCAGUAUCAUAUUAUUGCUACUGAAACAGGUAUAAUUCCGAAUUUAAUUUAUGUUGUAAUACCCACUAUACCACUACUGCUGUUGAUACUGGUGGCUUUUGGGACUUGCUGUUUCCAGAUGCUUCAUAAAAGUAAAGGAAGAACAAAAACCAGUCCAAACCAGUCCACACUAUGGAUUUCAAAGACGCCUAGGAAGGACAGUAGCAUGGAGGUAUAAUGAUUUACUGACUGAAAACAAGGCAAAAAUAACAUUUUGCAGUGAGGCUGUAUUAUAAUGUCGUCAAAGAACAUUAGCUUGGAAUGGCUUGAAAAUGCAAAGGAUCUACAAGAAUGAACUGUAAGCUCCCCCUUGAGGCAAAUGUUCAGAUCAUUUUUAUAUAAUGUUUGUUAAUUCAGUAACAAAAUAUGCCAUGCUAAAUAAAGGGUAUGUGUUUAUUUUGCUAAGAGAUGUAAGUUAGCUAGUUGUGAGCAGUGAAACGAACAGAGCAUUUGAAGUUUUUAUGGGGAAAUAUCCACAAUGUAUGUCAGUUUUAAGACUGUUUGUAGUUAAACAAACUUCCUCUGUUUCUUUUAUUCUCUCAUGCCUUGCAUUGUAGUCAAUGUACAGUAAAUGGAA